GACACGCUCCAUGCCCACCUAACAUCUGACCGAAAACUACAACCCGGGAGAACAGACGGUCAGAAAUCAAUAGUAGAAGAUGUACACCAUACUCCUUGCUGCAAUUGAUCAGCUCCAAACCAAAGCUCGCGAGAGAGCGCGCAAAUUUUUUUAAUUAAAAUUUAUAAAUAUUUCCAAAUACCUCCACUUCCUUCCACAAAAGCAAUUAAAAUUAAAUUAAAAUCGUCAUGUUCGAGAAGGAAGGAAGAAGAGUGUUGGCGAAGAGGAAAACCUUAUGCACGAUCGAUACGAAGAAGAGUGGUGAGAUGGAAGGGACGUUAGAGCGACACUCUCUGCUUCAAUUCGGUCAACUCUCGAAUCCCGCCGAGUCGUCGUCGUCGGAGCUCCGGAAUGAGCUGGGUUCGGUUGACGGAGGUGGCGGCGAUUGCGGAGAGAAGUCAUUCAUUCUCAGCCAAGACUUCUUCUGCACACCUGACUAUAUAACUCCGGACAAUCAGAACUUGAUGAGCGGUUUAGACAACAGCAAGGAUCAGUCUCCUUGUCCUAGGUCUCCUGUUAAACUUAAUACUGUCAAAAGCAAAAGGUGCCGGCAGGACAGUUUCACAGCGAGAACUUCAAAUUCUACUUGGUUUUCAAAUCAUAGAGUAGAUGAACAAGAGAAUGACACAGAUGAGAUCAUGGUGGAUAAGAUCCAAGCCAAUCAAACGGAGAGGACUGGAUACGUUUCACACACUGCGGUUGCUCUGAGGUCUCGGGUUAUGCCACCUCCUUGCCUCAGAAAUCCAUAUGUGAUUAAUGAGUCUGAUACCGCUACUGACCCUUUCGGUUAUCAGAGGUCAAAAUGUGCCAGUUUUCUCCCUGCAAGUGUUGGUGGGGAUGGCUUGUCAAGAUAUCUCACAGACUUUCAUGAAAUUCAGCAAAUAGGUGCUGGGAAUUUCAGCCGUGUAUUUAAAGUUUUGAAAAGAAUUGAUGGUUGCUUGUAUGCUGUCAAAUACAGCACAAGGAAGCUGUAUCUAGAUUCAGAGAGGCGUAAAGCUAUGAUGGAAGUUCAAGCUCUUGCUGCUCUAGGAUUCCAUGAAAAUGUAGUAGGAUACUACAACUCGUGGUUUGAAAACGAGCAGUUAUACAUUCAACUGGAACUCUGCGAUCACAGCUUGUCCAAGAAAUCUUCUUCGCUUAAAAUCUCAGAGAGAGAGAUUUUGGUGAUUAUGCAUCAGAUAGCUAAGGCGUUGCAGUUUGUGCAUGAGAAAGGAGUAGCUCAUCUAGAUGUAAAGCCCGACAACAUAUACAUCAAGAACGGUGUCUGCAAGCUCGGCGACUUCGGUUGUGCAACGCGGUUGGAUAAAAGCUUGCCAGUAGAGGAAGGGGAUGCACGUUACAUGCCACAAGAAAUACUAAACGAAAACUACGAGAACCUUGAUAAAGUGGAUAUCUUCUCCUUAGGUGUGACGGUUUACGAGCUGAUUAGAGGAUCGCCUCUUACGGAAUCAAGAAACCAAUCCCUCAAUAUCAAAGAUGGCAAACUUCCUCUUCUUCCCGGCCAUUCGUUACAGUUACAGCAACUGCUAAAGACAAUGAUGGAUCGUGAUCCAACGCGCCGUCCUUCUGCUAGAGAAGUAAUGGAGCAUCCCAUGUUGGAUAGGAUUCGAGGUUGAGAUUCAUAAAUCUCUCAGAUGUUGAGAAACUAAAAGUUUGUAAAUUAUGGUGCUAAUGAUCAUAGUGUACUGGUCGUAGCACCUGUAGUUCUGCAUCGGUACACCCUUUGUUUAGUAGAAAAUUGCCAUUUAAACUCGCAACUUUCAGAUCAAAACCAAAAAACUUCCUUU